AUGGCAUUCCGGAACACAUCCCUUGGACACGGCAACAAGAUGGUCACCGACACCAUAGCUUCCACGGACAUGGGGCUUCUGCUGAGAGACGAUGUUUUUGUCGACUUUUUCAACACGUUUCUGAAUCUUCCCGUUUUUGGCCAGACACCCAUUUACAUCACCAGCAUGGGCCGGUGGGAGCUCUGGCCAGAGCUGCCAAGCCAGCUGGUGAGAAAAUCCCCUUGCAAGGAGGCUUUACUGGCUUGGCUGGAAAAGCACCGGCUGCCUCACUUCUGCAAAUCCACCCUGUGCCUCCACCUCGUCCUCUGCCAGAAGCUCCUGGGCUUCAUUCGGUCGGGGGAAGCAGGGGAAGAACUGACGGACUUCUGGCUCAUCACCGAAAGACUCCUAGGGCUUGACGAGUCGGAUGAGGGGCAGAGGGAUCUCUACCUGUCCUUGCUCCACAGGCUGAAAGCCACUCACUUGCGUGAAGGCUCCAGCGUCAUCACGCUCUGCAGGACCCUCGUCGGGUCGCUGCUGAAAGCCAGGCACGUUCAGCCCAUCAGUACCAGGAGGGAGAUCCUAAGCAAGAUGCAGGAACAGGCCCUUUUUGUGAUUCAGAGUUACUGGCUUCCUAAAUUCUUCAUCCACUGCAAGAUGUACAUGGAAGAAGAGGAAUUGUGCCGGCCUGUGCUGCAGGAAUAUCGGGAGCGUUUAUUCCAGGCCAGAUCGCAGGAGCCCUCAGGCUUUUUGGAGAAUCUCUUCACAAUGCAUAUUAAAGGGAGCCAGGGUUUUUCAGGGCCGUACUGCAGCAAGAAGGCCAAAGCGGAGAUCUGGACUCUGGUCAAGGAGGGAAAAGACACCCAAGAAAUGAAGAUGCCCAGUUUUUGGGUGCAACCAGAAGGGCAGCUGGGGCCAGCUGGGAGCACGAAGGAAUCACGUGCACAUAAGGAUGCUUUGGGAUCGAUUCCUCAACAGUCGGAGCAUCCUGCAAGCACUGCCUUCGGAGGCAAAGGAGGAGAAACCUCUCCCAAAAGACCUAGACAGGUCCUUCCUCUGGAAGACCUCUGUGAGGAGCAAGUCCUCCCUCACCUGCGUUCCUCUGCACCCCUUGUCCGGCUGCCAUCCCUGAAAAAGCCUGUCAAGACCUUGAGUUUCCUUCCCUGGGCCCUUAGUGCUGAGACCUGCGCAGGACGGCCCUUCAGGGACUUCUUGAUGUGCCAGGACCGGUCUGUGGAGACUCGUCUCCUGGACCUGUGGCACGACCUGGAGGAAUUUCUGCCUGUGGCGCUGGACCCCAGCAGAGAAAACAGUUUCUUCCUGCGUCGUUUGAUCGGGGAGAAGAUAUGCAAGACUUACCUGGAGGAAGGCAUCAUUCAGCAGCUUCCUUUGGAGACCAGGACUCUCAGGAGCUUGCGGAACCAUCUGAUGUCUGGAGAAUUCUCCCCCUGGAUAUUCAGAGCCCAGAAGGAGAUUUGCAAGGUGCUCUGCUGCUUCUACGAGGAAUUUCUGGCUGAUGAUGACAGGACAUUCCUCCGGUUUAUGUCUCCACAGGGCGAUGUCCCAGUGCCCGAGAUGCAAGGCCACGCUGUUGGGAAUGAUGAAUUUUUCCUCCUGUCCCAGCGGAUAAACCAGUCCUUGAAGCUGAGCCAGGCUUUGCAUGGCACGAGGAACUUGGAAAGUCUCUCCUCCGAGCACUGGCGAUUAAUUGCCACUCAGGACCUCCAGAAAGGGGGCUCUGUACAGGCAGAAGUGGAAUCUCACCUCUGCAGCACUGCUCUUCUUCAGGUGUCUCUUGGAGAAGACAGCACAGAGGUGCUGGCUAUUUUCCAUGUCACUGGUGGCGCAGAGAUCGCAUCUCCUGGUAUCUCCUUCCUCUACAGGCACUUCAUGAAAGUCCUGCACAACCCUGCCCACCUGCAGUUCUUCAUGCAGUUCCUCGAGGAGCGCAACGCAGCCGAACCACUGCAUUUCUGGAUGGCCGUGGAGAAGCUAGUCGCAGAGACCAACCCCAAAACUAAGAGCUUCCUCAUUAACAGCAUUGUCAAAAAUUAUUUCCGUGCUGAAAUCCCAGCUGAGGAACAGCUGGACUGCCACACUUCUAUCAUCAGAGAAAUAAAUGAUGCUGAAGUAGUCAGCCCCUUCAUGUUGAUGACAGCGCAGAUCCUUGUCCAGAAAGCAAUGGAAAAACGAUGGUUUAAAAAGUACCAGGACCUGUUCCCCCCAAGUGACACGCAUAAAUCUAACCUUCGUUUGCAGCCCAGGAUCAGGAACGUCACGUCAGACAAGCUGCGGUGGGCCUGGUGUGUCAUCCACGACAUCGUCAAGAGCAUCUGCAAGUUCUGCAGGGAGAUGGACAAUGGCAAACACCGUGCAGAGUUUGAGGACUUUCUCCGUCGGGAACUACGAAACGAGGAGGAAAACUUGCCCAUGGGUUCGAUGCAGAACAGCGGCACCAUGAGCACUUGCCACUCGCACACGGCCUCUGCCAGCACCCCAGUGGACAAGGAGGGGGUUCUAGUGAGACGUCACCUGUUUAAGAGCCAGCUCAUUACCAUCAACUUCCUCGUUGAUGACCUCCGCUUUUAUCUGGAGAUUGACAAGUUUUCCAGGCUGGCCGAUUCAGCUGAAGCUCUGGCAGCCCGCAACAUGCAGUCAGAAAAGGAAGUUGCCUUUCUCAAAAGGAAAGUUGCCAUCAUCAGCAAACUCUUCCUGAACUGUGUUCCUCCCAAAUUGCGGGUGAACAUCUCCAAAGAAGAGAGAGAUUUAAUCUGGAAUUUAUCUUCCAAGGGACUACUGAACCGCAUGCUCUACCACAGGGCCAAGGUCAUGAUCUUCCCCAUCCUGAUGCACUUCUGGAGAAGACGCAGUGCGUGCACCACCGGGAAGGUGCCAGACAUGAAUCCAUCUCCCAUCACCAGGCGUCACUGUGGCACUGCCUGUGCCUUUACACAGAGCAGAGGGUCCAGCUGA